AUGGGUAUCAACAUCAUCCAGAUCAGCGCCGUAACGGUCCGAGGCAGCACCCGUCACUUCACGAGGGGUAUCAACAUCACCCAGGCGACGCUCAGCGGCGUGGGCGAGGUGUCUCUGUGGGACUUCUCCGGUCACCCGGACUAUCGCCAGCUGUACGACCAGUUCGUAGGCAGCGCCGACUGCCUGCACCUGGUGCUGUACCGGCUGUGCGACCCGGCGCCGCUCCGUCUCCAGCAGGUGGUCCAGUGGCUGGGCAUGCUGCAGGCGUGCAUCGCUCCGCUGGAGCCGUUCGGCCACUGUCCCUGA